AUGCUCGCCGCCGCCUCUGCACAAGCGCGUACUCCCAGACUCUAUCUGCAAUGCCGUCGUAAAUCCACCCUCUCGGCCAUCAACCGCACCCUCGAUCAGUCCAUCCGGAGAGAUCGCCGCAAAGGUCUCGAUGAUCUGAACAGAGAAAAGGACCAACGUGGACCCAAGUUGCCAUGGGAGGGCCGCAAUGGAUCCGCCCACCAUGAGAAUCACCAGGACAGGCGCCCAUCGAGAAGCCCAGAUCAUAACCGGGACAGGAAUGCAGCCUUCACCAUUCGCAGAACCAAUCAGCGCCCCGAAGGCAAUGCGUUCGAUGAGAAUCCAAGAUAUGAUAUUCUGAACCUUCCCUUCACCGAAAAGCACCACUUCACUCGAGAAAACUGGGACCGUCUGAUGGAUGCCGUCCAGCUAGCCGAGGACAAAUAUGUCAGAGCUAUCCCAACCCGCCCUUCUACCUUGCCCCAAUUCGAUAAGACCGAGCCUAGCGUUGUGCUCAAAGUGAAACGACAGCUCAAGCAGACUUUCAAGCAAGACCUUGCUGGUAUUGAGCCCAUUCUGUCUCGCCAAAGGAACGAGUGGCUGCGUGUAAUACAACAUGUUUGCGAUGCUAUAAAGAAUGCAAGGUCAAACAACAUCUAUAUUCCUGGUAGACCUUGGUUGGUGGAACGUGAUCCCUUGAGUGCUAGCAAAGCAGCUUUUGCUUCUACACAAGGUGUCAAUCAAGCCCAAGAGCUCCAAGCCAUGUCCGUGCUAAAUAAGGACAUGCGUAGUGUUGUUCUCCAAGAGCUUGUCAACAAGAAUGCAGCUGCCGUUAUCAGCGGUCAAGAAUUGCGUUUUGUAGAUCUCGUAGCUGCUCUUGACAUUUCGAGAUCGGCAAGGCAAACCAAGGAAAGAGAUGAAGAAACGCAGAAGGACUCGUUCGAGGAAGCAAAAGAAAGAAGAAAGCUGGAAGAAGAAAGUCGACUCGACGACGACCAACUGUUUUCACUCGUCAACAACAACAGAGAAAAGAACAACGACAGAAAGAACAAGUACAAGGAGAUCCAAGAGCCUAGGGAUAGAAGAGACAGAGACAGCCGCUCGUCACUACAAUCAUCCCGCGACGACAGAGACGCCUAUGUUUCGAUCCCCUAUACGACAGCUGCUUCAGAGUUUAUAUACGGCUUCAACGUUGUCAUGGCAGCUCUCACUGCCAAACGCCGCCAGAUGUAUAACGUCUACAUCCACAAUCGUGCGCUUGCCAAAGCCUCCCCUCAGAUCAAAGACCUUUGCAGAAAGGCUCGUGUAAAAUUCACAGAGGUCGACGACUCAUUCCUUCCCAAGAUGGACAAGAUGGCCCAGGGCCGUCCUCACAACGGACUGAUUCUCGAAGCCUCACCCCUACCGACCCUACCCACAAAAUCACUAGGCAAGCUUGGUGUAGCAGACGUGGCCAUCCCCAUCGAACUAGCCGACCAAAGCGCCGAAGAAGCAAAAGUAAACGGCACCCCUUCAGACAUCCCCUUCCACUACGCCCACACAUGGCGCAGACCUCUCGUCCNNCUCCUCCUCGACGGCAUCCUGGAUCCAGGAAAUCUCGGCAACAUCUUGCGCACAGCACACUUCUAUGGAGUCGAUGCAGUCGCCAUCUGCACAAACACCUGCGCCCCUGUAAACCUCCCUGUCGUCCAAAAAGCAGCUUCGGGAGCCGCAGAAGCAUUAACCCUCCUCUCCAUCUCCACACCCGCAAACUUCAUUACCACCUGCAAGAAAUACGGUUGGGCUGUCCACGCAGCCGUAGCCCCUAACGCCGCCUCUGCAAAAUCUGCAAAGGGCAAUCUGGUCACUUCAAACAUGAUCUCGCCGCUAUCAAGGAGUCCGAGUAUUCUGAUGAUCGGUGCUGAAGGAGAAGGUCUUCGUGCCAAUCUUGCUACAAAGGCUGAUGCCAAUGUAGGCGUUAGAGGUGCCAAACCUGCUCUCCCUACGCUUGAUGUCGGUGUCGACAGUCUGAAUGUUGGAUCCAGUGUUGCUGUGUUACUAGAGGCUUUCUUCAGAAAACCUGACAACCUUGAAGAUGUCCCUAAGGAUAUGCCGAGGGAUGACAGUGUUGCUGGAAGGAUCGUGUAA